AUGUCUGAGGCGAAUUUCAAGGAAUUCUUGGGCAGCUUGGUUGACGCUGCUCUGAAUGAACCUCAAGUAAAGAAGCGAAAAGGGUCGCCUACAACCAGGGAGGACAACCACAAUGAGUCGACCUUUGGAUAUGCUCAGAUCAAUAAGCUUGAGCACUGCGGGAGGAUGCUCCAAAAGUACAUCCACUUGGUUGUCGAAGAGGCUCCCACUCUUGAAGACUUGGAUGAGAUAUCCAAAAAAGCUGAACUAGACGAUUUCACCAGGUGUGAGGCCAAGGGCAAUAAGCUAGUGAGAAUGGUUGCAGCCCUCAAGACCAAUUACAAGAAGAAGAAGAUACCUAUCUUUAAUGAAAUCUUGGAAGAGAGUAUACAGCCGCCCACAGAACGAACUGCGUCGUUGACCCUUGAGACACCCUUGGGAAGCUCUGUUUCUAAGCAUGAAGAUAAUCCCACGCUUUCUUUGACUUUACCCAAAAUCGAGGAUCCUCAGCUUCAGGCUCGUGUUUUCCAGCAUAAGUCAAUGUCUGCCAACAAAACAUAUUUGGACGAGAAAGAGAUUGUCAGCCAGCACAAUGAGCGUUUGGAGUUCUUGGGUGACUCUGUGCUAAAUACAAUGGUGACGAAGAUAUUGUAUGAGAGAUUUCCUUACGCAAAAGAAGGCCAGCUCUCUCAGAUGAGAGCCACGCUUGUUUGUAACAAGACUUUGGCAGAGUUCUCCCAGGCAUUCAACUUUCAUCGCCUUUUGCGCUGUAAUAUAGACGAAGAGCAUCUUCGUGUUGGCAAACAGAAAGUUUACGCCGAUAUCUUUGAAGCAUAUCUUGGUGCUCUCGCUAUAGAGCGUGGCUUCGAUCUCAAAGAAGUUCAAGACUGGCUUUCAAGCCUCAUGGAUAAAAAACUCCGCAAAAUGGGCAAGGAACUAGAAAAAACCCAGCCUAUCAACAGAAACGCUAAGGCUGAGCUCUAUGCCAUGGUGGGUUCUGCAUCCAUGCAUCCACAAUACGUUCCUGUUAAUAAUGGUAAUAAUGGUGACGUCAGCGGUGAAAACACAAAGUUUACGGUGCACUGUGUCAUGGGGCUGGAUAUCAUGGGUGAAGGUGAGGCGCCUAACUUCCGAGAUGCGGGUCUUCGUGCUGCAAUGGCUGCUCUCAAAAACAAACCACUCAUGGAGAAGUACAGCCGUAAGCGGGCAGAAACUGACCGUUCUAUCACUGUGAGCAAGGGAUCCUUUAAAGAUACCUUCUCUGACUUCCCACUUCUUGCUACAGAUUCGAUCAAGUCCAAUAAGUUUGCAAAGAACGAAGCCUAUGCGUACUUCGGCAAAGCAGUGGGCAUCGCUCCCACUUAUACCACAACGUCAGAAGGUAACCUAUACAAGGCAGAAUUCAAAGUGAAGGACCACACCAUAGCCAUAGCUCACGAUGUAUCUAAGAAAAAUGCCGAGCACCGUGCGGCUGUCGUUGUUCUACAGAACAAAGACAAGAUUGACGAAUUCCUACGAUGGUUGGAUUGA